UCAUUCUUUGUCUGGUUAGCGACAUAUUAUUUUCUUACCUUACUGUUUUGAGAAAUCUUCUUAAUGUGUUUGCUGAAAGUGAAAUUUCCUUUAUCCGUGGUCACUGUACUUGUUCCUUUGGUGGCAAGUUUCACACUGAAAUCUGUUGAUCCAGUUACAGCGAAUAAUCCAAAUUUUGAUGGCUGUGAAUGUGUCAGUGGCAAUUCGUCGUUCUAUUGUUGUCAACCCAUCUCUGUCUACCGCUUUAGUGAGUUAGUUUGUGUGAACGUGUCAAGCGUGGAUACACAGAAUGUUAUACCAUUCACCUUGUCUGCAGAUGGAAAGUCGCGCCUUACUGAUACGUACUCAGAAAAAGCACCUCAGCCAUACUGUAUUGAGUUUGACAACCCAGGACCAGUUUACACCUGUUUAAUUUUCUACAACACAACGUUCACCAGCACACAGGUCAGCGGCUGUCUAAAGCUGAGAGUUUUGGUACAAGCUGAAAUCUUUAUCCCAUUGAGAUGUUUCAAUCUUUCACGACCUUCUGAUGUCAAGCAAGAGGACGAUUUUACAACAAACUACAUAUUUUGAGUACUGAAUUUUUUUUAAAAGUGUUUCUGUUUCUGAGUACCCCUUUUUGAAUAGCUCUUAUGUAUGAUGACGUCAUUUACCAUUUGUUCAGAAAGAUUGUCUGAUUGGUUUAUUUUUGAGACUCAUAUCUUCAAGAUUGAAACUCGCAGGAAUGAAAUGUAGACAGAUUUAAUCAGUACUGCUGAAUGACUUUUAUAUUCAAUAAUUCAAUAUAAAAAAAGGUUACCACCUUUGCAUAUUCUCCAAGAGCCAUACAAAGUAAAGAGAAAUUCUGACUCGUGAUUCUGAUACAACUAAGUAUGUACAAAUCGCGAUAAUUUUGCCAAAUACAUCAAUGCAUUAUU